AUUGUAUAAAAGCGCGAGCGGCAGAAGAUACAACUCAAUCGUAACAGGCGCAACAUAGAUUGACCGUAGUUCUUCAAAUCUCAACGUUAUUUCGACGACUUUAAUCGCCAUGACUCGUGUAGCAGUUCUUCUCUUACUCGUCGUAGCUAUUGUGUACAGCAGCGCAUAUCCUCAGGCGUCAGAGGCUAAUCAAGAAUGUGGUCCAAACGAGGAAUUCAAUUCUUGUGGAUCCGCGUGUGUAGACACCUGUGAGAAAUCAGCAUCACCUAUCUGCACUAUGAAUUGUGUAAUCGGUUGCCAGUGUAAACAAGGUUUCGUAAGGAACAAGGAGAACAAGUGUGUGCUCACUCGCAAUUGUUAAAUUUUAACGAAAUACAAUCGCCAAUCGAUUUUUCUGGUUGAAAGAAACGCUCGCAAUAAUUAUGCACGGUAGAAUGCUUCCUGCGUAAUUUGUUGUAUCAUUACUUAUUGUUAGUGGUAGCCACUGAUAACUACAAUUAUUGUACUGCUUACUUUUGUUAAGCUUUGUUACAUUUCCAAUGAAAUAUACAUAAAGAUAUUUA